UUCAGAAUCUUCACAACACUGUAAACAACACACCAAGGGCGUCAACUGGCGAUCACCAGAGGUCACAUUCAGGGGCGAUACUUUUAUCAUUUUCAAGAGUAACAGCAAGGCGUAGUUUGGAUCGAUUUAUCUGAACUCUGCCUACCUGAUUAAUAAUCAUGGCGUCUGCGAUCGCUUCCUCUGCCAGCCGGGCCCUGGUGUCACCCACAGCGGUUGUGCAGCGGCAAAGCGCUUCGAGGCAGUUUUGCAUGCCCAUUGCAUGCAGACCCUCUUCGAUCGCUGACAGCAGACCGGCUGGUGUCAGGUGUCAGGCCUCUUCUGAGCAGAAUGAAGCGAUCCAUUUGGGACGGAGGGAGGCUUUGAUUGCAGGGCUCGCAGGGUUGGCUGUUGUUGGGGCUGUUGCUCCGCCAGAGGCGCAUGCCGAUCAGUUGGAAGAGUACAAGGAGGACACCAAGUCGAUAAUCGGACAGAUUAGAACUGCAUUGGAUCUCGACAAGAAGGACCCUGCCAAGCCGGAUGCAGUAAAUGCGCUGCUGGAGAACUCCACAGCGUGGGUUGCCAAGUACAGGCGUGAGAAAACCGUUGCUGGCAAGAGCUCGUACGGCAAUGUGUACUCGGCAGUCAACGCUGUUGCGGGUCACUACAACAACUUCGGCCCCACCUAUCCUCUGCCGGCAAAGAGAAAGGACAGAAUCUUUGAGGAAUUGGUUGACGCCGAGAAGCAACUAGCGAGGAACAGAUAGGUAAAUGACAAUCUGUCCUAAUCUGCUUUGAUAGAUUGCAUCGUAGGUCGAGUUGGGUUCCUCAGUGUUUUUGGGUUGAGAUGAGACGAGAUUGUCUUGAUCACAGUAACACUUGUGUUCACGGCUCAAGUUGCAAGCAUACGAGUGUGUGAGAGGCUGUAAUUUACCAAUUAUUGACGGCGCGUGUGUGUGGACUUUACCUGCCGCAUUAGGAAACAUUACGAAAUCAAAUCCUGGAUACAGAUUGUCUUCAAGCUCGGUUGACAGCCUCCAGGAUAAUCUGUACCUACUAGCCUACCUACAUGACCCGCUUCUUGAAGCAUAUCCGCCGUGUGGCUUUACUUCUGAGAGCUGGCCCAGUGAGUCAAUCCGACGCAUAGUACGUGCGAG